AUGCUAACAGGAGACAUACCGCCGAACCAAACAAUUUAUAUUAAGAACCUCAACGAGAAGGUCAAAAAAGAAGAGUUGAAGAGAUCACUUUAUUGUUUAUUCUCUCAAUAUGGGAGGAUUUUGGAUGUUGUUGCUUUGAAGACGGAAAAGCUUCGAGGCCAAGCAUGGGUUGUGUUUAGCGAAGUUACGGCUGCGAGUAAUGCUGUCCGGCAGAUGCAGGGUUUUCCGUUUUAUGAUAAACCUAUGCGUAUCCAAUACGCAAAAACAAAGUCUGAUUGCAUUGCAGAAGCAGAAGGAGUCUAUGAUCCAAAUGCAAAGAAGAAGAAGAAGCAAGAAGAAAAGGCUGAGAGAAAGAAACGUGCUGAAGAGGCCCAGCAAGCAGCUCCAGCUAAUGGUAAACCUGCUGAAACUAAUGGGGGCCCAACUUCUUUCCGCCAAGGAAACCAGGGUGCACAAGAAACAGCUCCACCAAAUAAUAUAUUGUUUAUCCAAAAUUUGCCCUAUGAAACCACUAGCAUGAUGUUGCAAGUGCUCUUCCAGCAAUACCCAGGAUUUAGGGAAGUUCGAAUGAUUGAGGCAAAGCCAGGUAUUGCAUUUGUGGAAUUUGAAGAUGAUGUGCAAUCCUCCAUGGCCAUGCAGGCCCUUCAAGGUUUCAAAAUUACUCCUCAGAACCCUAUGGCUAUUACUUACGCCAAGAAGUGA